UAAAAAAGAGAACUCUGACAAGAAGAAAAUUACUCUUCGACUCUAUCUUCUCUUCUACUUGUAAAUUCCUCUCUCUCUCACCAAUAUCCUCUUCUUUUACAAUGUCCAAAUCCAACGGAGAAGAAGAAGACUCCCUCCCUCCAAACCAUAGGACGAACGCUACUCCAAACUCAAAACCUCCUUCUUCUUCAUCCGACGGUCUCGAUCGAUCCUCCUCCUUCUCCUCGAGCAUCUCCGAUCAAGACUAUGUUUGCCGUUCCUUUUUCGGUGCCAAUCCUAAUAGAUCUCGCGUCCACAUCAAGCCUCGGAAUGAUAUAAGUAAUAGGGAUUCGGAUUCUGAAACUGACAAGCUCUUGGUGAUCAGUCAAAUCGUUGCAAGGAGAAUUCGGAGAUUUAAUCACUCACUCAUCCUAUAUUUGCUCAGUUUCACUUGUAUAGUAUCUGUACCUUAUGCAGCUUAUCUACAAAACAGAGUUGCAAAACUUCAGGAAGGGAAAACUAACCUUUGUUGUCUUUGUGGUGAUAACUAUAUUUGUAAUGGUUCAAUUCCUCAUUUUGGUAAUGCUGCUAGUAGAACUGUUGCCUUGUAUACUGUGGUGUUCACAAUCUUUAUGCCAUUUCUGUUUUUCAAAUAUCUGGACCGUCUUCCCCCAAUCAAAAGACUUUCAGAGAGUACAAAGAUUAGCAAAGAGGAGGUUCCCUUGAAGAAGAGAGUUGCAUACAUGGUGGAUGUGUGUUUCUCUAUAUAUCCAUAUGCAAAGCUGCUUGCACUUCUCUUUGCAACUAUAUUCCUUAUAGGAUUUGGUGGGUUGGCAUUGUAUGCAGUAAGUGAGAGUAGCUUUACUGAAGCUCUUUGGCUUGCCUGGACUUUUGUAGCUGAUGCAGGAAAUCAUGCAGACAGGGUUGGCAUUGGGCCAAGGAUUGUUUCUGUCUCCAUAAGUGCAGGAGGCAUGCUUAUAUUUGCAAUGAUUCUUGGGCUUGUUUCUGAUGCUAUCUCAGGGAAGGUGGAUUCACUGCGGAAAGGAAAGAGUGAAGUCAUUGAAAGGGAUCACGUACUUAUUCUUGGAUGGAGUGAAAAAUUGGGUCCACUCUUGAAGCAGCUUGCAAUAGCAAACAAGAGCAUUGGUGGUGGAGUUGUUGUGGUACUUGCAGAACGAGACAAGGAGGAAAUGGAGAUAGACAUAGCAAAGCUAGAAUUUGACUUCAUGGGGACAUCUGUUAUAUGCCGAAGUGGCAGUCCUCUUAUACUGGCUGACUUAAAGAAGGUCUCAGUUUCAAAGGCACGUGCUAUCAUUGUAUUAGUGUCACAUGAAAAUUCUGAUCUGAGUGAUGCACGUGCUUUGAGGGUUGUGCUCAGUCUCACUGGAGUGAAAGAGGGUUUGAGGGGUCAUGUUGUUGUGGAGAUGAGUGACAUUGAUAAUGAGCCCCUGGUGAAACUUGUUGGAGGGGAUCUUAUUGAAACAGUAGUUGCACAUGAUGUAAUUGGACGCUUGAUGAUACAAUGUGCUCUACAACCCGGCCUUGCACAGAUAUGGGAGAAUAUAUUGGGGUUUGAGAAUGCAGAAUUUUAUAUCAAAAGGUGGCCUGAGUUGGAUGGUCUGCAUUUUAAAGAUGUUCUUAUUUCAUUUCCUGAUGCAGUUCCCUGUGGAAUUAAGGUGGCUGCUGAAGGCGGAAAGAUAGCCAUAAAUCCAGAUGAUGAUUAUGUUUUGAAAAAAGGGGAUGAAGUCCUUGUUAUAGCUGAAGAUGAUGACACUUAUGCUCCAAAUCGCCUUCCAGAGGUACGUAAGGGUCUUUUUCCAAAAAUAGCCGACCCUCCAAAAUAUCCUGAGUGUAUAUUGUUUUGUGGCUGGCGUCGUGACAUUGAUGAUAUGAUUAUGGUUCUAGAGGCAUGCUUGGCUCCAGGUUCGCAACUGUGGAUGUUUAAUGAGGUUCCAGAAAAAGAAAGAGAGAAGAAGCUGGCUGAUGGUGGACUUGAUGUAUCUAGAUUAGAGAACAUAGAACUUGUCCAUCAUGAGGGGAAUGCUGUCAUUAGACGGCAUUUAGAGAAUCUUCCUUUAGAGAAAUUUGAUUCUAUUUUAAUUCUUGCAGAUGAAUUGCUGGAGGACUCUGUUGUGCAAGCUGAUUCACGAUCUCUUGCCACUCUUCUUCUUAUACGAGAUAUACAGUCAGAGCGUCUUCAACACAAAGAUAGAAAUUCACCUUCUUUACGGUUCUCUGGGUUCUCUCACAGUUCUUGGAUCCGUCAAAUGCAGAAUGCUUCUGACAAAUCAAUAAUUCUUAGUGAAAUCCUGGAUUCAAGGACUAGAAACCUGGUGUCAGUGUCCAGAAUCAGUGACUAUGUGUUAUCAAAUGAACUGGUCAGUAUGGCACUAGCAAUGGUGGCUGAAGACAAGCAAAUAAAUCGCGUUCUCGAGGAGCUGUUCGCAGGGGAGGGGAAUGAGAUGUGCAUCAAGCCUGCAGAAUUCUAUUUAUUAGACCAGGAAGUACUCUGCUUUUAUGAUAUAAUGAUUAGAGGUCGUCAAAGGCAGGAAAUUGUGAUUGGCUACCGCGCUGCAAAUGCAGAGUGUGCCAUAAUUAACCCCCCACAGAAGUCAGAACCAAGAAAAUGGGCCAUGGAUGAUGUUUUUGUGGUCAUCUCAUCUGGUGAAAGAAAUGCAUAAUAGUUCUUUUGCACUAACCUAUGCUAAACCUUAUUCUUUCCCUCUCAGCCAUAAUAUUAGUCAGUAAAAUUAAGCAUUUAGGUGUGAAUUCAUCAAUGUCAGAAAGCUGUUUAGUUAAUGUUGCAAAAGAAUCUGAAGGCUCCUAUUGAAGGUGGUGAGGUCUCCAUUCACUACAAAGAUUCAUUGAUGAUGAUUUCUUGUUCCCCAAACGUAAGUUUUGCAAACACAGGCUUAUUGACUUAACUGGCUUGGACGAUACACACUGGUUACAUGACAGCAGGGUGAAGGGAUAACAGUGACUCGCAAAUAUGUUAUAGAAUUGAAUGAAAAUUUAUGUUGGAAAGUUAAUAGAUCUUGAUGGAAUGGAUGGAACAACAUUCUGUGGGAAAAAUUCCCUUUUAUGGCCAUUUUUGUGUAACAUCAUGAGCUAUCCCUUGUUCAUGAUGGAAUUCUGGAAACUGAAAUCUGAUGGCAUUUUUUAGUUAACCUCUCUGAUACUAGCGUAAAUUUUUUUGUUAGCACUUUCUGCCUCCUUUCGAAUGAUAUGUAACAUAGCAAGAAACAGGUAGUUACAUGGAUCAACUCAUGUAGGCGUCAAAAAAGCAAUAGAAGAUUGUAACUAUUCUGUUUAUUUAUUUAUGCUAAUGGAGGAUUGUAAGUAUUUGGUUGAA